AUGAGCGUUGGACAAUAUGUUUUAGGGAAAAAGAUCGGCGCCGGCAGCUUCUCCACGGUUCGGCUGUGCACGGACGCACAAAGUCGAAAAUGGGCAGUGAAGAUCAUUGAUAAGGCCCGUUUAAAGCAUGAGCACAUGGAGAACCAGAUGCUGCGGGAGGUGGCUGUAAUGCGAUCACUUAAACAUGAAAACAUCAUCGAUCUUCGUGACGUUUUGGAAUCCGAGAAUCACUAUUAUCUGGUGCUGGAGUAUGUACCGGGUGGUGAGCUGUUCGAUAAGAUUGUCAAGGCGAAACGCUUUGAUGAGUCUACUGCGAGGCACUAUUUUCACCAACUCAUCGCUGGGGUGCACUACUGCCACAGCCGUGGUUUUGCCCACCGUGAUUUGAAGCCGGAAAACAUGUUGCUUGACGCGAACGGAACUCUGAAGAUCUCUGAUUUUGGCCUCAGCAACCGGCAGCAGGACUUUUUGCUCGAGACAGUGUGUGGGACGCCCAACUAUGUCGCACCGGAGGUUUUGAUGGAGCGAGGCUACAAUGGGAUGUCGGCCGACAUAUGGAGCUGUGGCGUUGUACUGUACGUGAUGCUUGCCGGACACCUUCCCUUUGAGGAUCGCACCAUGAACGCGUUGCUUGCAAAGAUUGAACGUGGUGAGUACCAGAUGGUCCGCCACGUAUCC